AUGACCAAAUUGAAUUUGCUUCUUAUUGUUCACAAUAGAGAAGGUUCUCUUAAAUCUGGGGGUCUGGAGUUGGACAGAGGCACAGCAAUAGCAGGGAUUGUAUUUGGUAUCGUAUUUAUCAUGGGAGUGAUUGCCGGCAUCGCCAUCUGUAUCUGCAUGUGCAUGAAGAACAACCGUGGGACUCGAGUAGGGGUCAUCAGAACUACGCACAUCAACACCAUCAGCACCUAUCCGGUGGCUCCUCCACCUUAUAGUUAUGAAUAUGAGAUGGAAUACGCAGCAGAUCUACCUCCACCUUACACUCCAACUCCACAGACUUCAAUACAGUAUCCGCCACCUCCUCCUUACCCUGGAUAUUCAGGGAAAUAAUUAAUGGGCUUUAAAGAGAUACAAAGUGCCUGUUAAAUCAACCAGCACAUUAUGGACAGAUAUUGUUGGCUCAGGAGCAAAUAAGAUGGGGCCUACAUCCACAUAUGCUGCCUGCUGUUAGUGUAACAGAGGACAGUUGGUGUGGCUCAGGAUGACUUCUAAGGGAUGACGAAAAGUAUAGUCCAUCCCAGAUCACUGUAAUUCACAAAUAAACUAAAGCACAAUAAAAGAAACAGCUACUAGGACUUACAGCCUAGUCAACAGUGGUUAGCAUCAUCGAAAAUUCUGCUGGCUUGCUUUAGCAACCUGUUAAAGUGAACUGGAAUAUAAUUUUUCCAUUUAAAGGAAUGUAUGAUAAAAAUGGUUAAUAAGCUUCCUCUUCAGAGCAUGAGAUACAGCAGUUGGGGUCUAUUCUGGGAGGACAAUUCCAACUGUUGUCUACAAACCUGUAUCGUAUCUUUCCUUGAAGUGAUGCAGAUAAGGAAGAAAAAGAAAGAUGGAAGCUACUUAUUGACUUCCAUUCCAAAAUAGGAAUACCAGAUGACCUAUUCAGCAUAGCAGUAUUUAGGAUCUGAUAGGUAUAUUGCAAACAAGAAGUUUAUUAAAGUCAUUCAGUGGCCAAAAUAUGUAACUACUUUUGACCAAAACACAGGGUAUUUUAAGUGCCUACUUUUAAGGAGAUUGUCUGGUUUGUAGCCUAUAAUCUAAGUAUACAGAAAGUUUUUGUAUGUAGCUUUCACUAUAAAUUAUAGACAAAUCUUUUUAUAUGGAUUUAAAUACUGUAUACAGAUUUUUUAGGUCACUAGACAAUACUUUAAUUUUGAAAGUAAAUUAGAUUCAACAAAAUCCUGAAAUAGUUUUGGAGGGGGAAAACCCAAGGUUAUUAAGGCUUCAUAGAUUUUUCCUGCAGUUUGAUUGUUGAUUAAACUGUAUGAAGGUCAGUAGUAAUUUUAAUUGAACAUUUGUUCUGACAAGCUAAUAGUCAACAUAAAGGAAGAUGCAUGCAGAGGGACUGUAAAUGUUGCUGUUGUCAGAGAAGAUAGGGGAAUGAGUUGUCUUGGUUAUUCAAAAGUGAUUGGGCUCCAUAGAUUGAAAGAGAGAUCAGAGUUGGAUUUCCCAUCCUGUUUAAGAACUGCGCACACAAAUUAGGGGUAUAUGCAGUUCUGUCCUGAUCUCUUCUCUUUUUCAGAAUCACUUUGCAGGCAUUGUUGGUAAAUGUCCUUCAUUAGAGAGUUGUUGGAACAAAAACAUGGAUUUUUCUAUUUGAAUUUACUAUUGUGUAACAUUUACAGCUGUUGUAUGGGCUUUUUAUGGCUUCCUUCAUUAUUUGUAUGCUCCUCAACUUAUGUAAAAAGUAGAAGAGGAAAAAUGAUAUAGCAUAUCAAGAAGUUAUGGUGACCGGAAUUCACAAAGCUGUGGAAACAGCCUUUUUUAUGCAUAUAAACUCCAGGUUUAUAUCAUGAUUCUUAAGGCUCAGAAUGUGUUUAUUUAAAAACUAGCCCAUAGCCCUCAGCUGGAGAUUUUCAUGGACAUACAAUGUAUUACAAAAUAAGAAGAAAGGUGAUUCACUGAGGACCUGAACCAAAGCCUACUGAAGUCAUUAGAAAGACUCCCAUUGACAUUAUUGGGCUUUGAAUUAGGUCCCAAAUGAAGAGCACUGUAGGUGUUGAGGCCUUGAUUCGGUAAGGUUCUGGGCGCUAGUGUAGCGUUAAGCACAUGAAUGAUCUCACAGACUUCAGCGGGAGUACUCACAUGCUGACAGGUAUUCGCAAGCUUAAAUACCUUGUUGAAUCUAGGCCUUAAUAACUAUCUUUGCUAGUACUUUGGAAUAGUAUUUGCCCCUUCCUGUUUGGGCAGUUUUAAGCUCCUGAAAGCAUAAAAGACUUUAUUCUCAACAGAAUGUGUUUCAAAGGGCUGUUACAUGGCCUUUGGCCAGACUGAGCAUUGUGUACUAUUUAAAUUUUUUAAUCUAUUCAGAGGAAAUUGGACUGUCCCACAGAACUUGGUUGUAGUGAGUUUCAUAGCACCUUCAACAAAGAAUGGAGAUUUUAUUAUUAUUCCUUUUGGCGUUGUGCACUCGAAUCCAAAAUUAUCUGAUUGUUAAAGUUAAUCCAGCUCCCGGCUGGAGUAAUAAUGGUGUGUCACAUUAUUCAUUAAUAUGGCUUCUCACAAGGGACAGGCAGCUGUUCCUAGAUAGAGCCUAAAAUGUUCUUGACAGUAGGGUUCCUGAUUAUAAUAUUUUGGCUUCCCCUGCUCAUGACCAUCUGUUAGGAUAAUGGCAUGUCUGCCAAUAUACCAGUCUCAACUAGUGGUCAGCCUGCAUAACAGAGCAAGCAUCAUAUUCUCUGCAUGAAGUCCUUCCUCUCCCAUAGCAAUGCCACGUGCCUUUUUACAGCUGAUCACACCUGAUGAUGCUUUUUAUGCCAAAAUAAUUGCCCAUGGGAGAGGAAGGUACAAAUGAAAUGAGUACUUUUCCUUCCCUCAUUUCUGGAUUUUCUGUUCUGUAACAAUGUAAUGCAUAUACAAAUACAUCUCAGGGAGCAGUUUUACCGUUGCAUUUUUAUUUGAUGAGCUCAUGCUACAUUGUACAUUUAACCUCUUACAGUUUCCUGAACGGAACAGGAAAAUCUAAAUGUCUUCUGAAUCAUAAAUCUUCCCUCAUUUUAAAGAUCUGUCUUAUAGUGACAUUAGUCAGAACAAGUAAUAAAGUACAGCUCUUAUGGGAAGAGGCAUUUCUGGUAAUUAGUGAGAAAUCAUUGGUCAAGAGAACCACAGUUUAAGUCACAGCUUUGAGAUUGCACAUCACUGAGAGUAUCCUGUUGUAAAGAUUGUCCUGGUUGAUAAGGUAUCUAGAUUGCAUAAAUAGCUCAUGUAUUUAGGACAGAGGUGGGCACACUAUGGCCUGCAGGCCACAUCCAGCCCAUGGGACCCUCCUGCCCAGCCC